AUGAAUACGAUUUGGGAAUAUGCUGUUGGUGGCUAUCUUCCGUUGUGGCAGAAAGUUGCUGAAACAGCAUUUUUUGUACCGCUCGGUAUCUACGGCAUUUAUGCGUCAUCGAAAAGCCUCGAAGUGCCGUCAUUUGUGCCUAAAUUACGGAAAUGUGAACGUUCUUCCGGAGAUACCUUUGUACCAUCCAAUGCAGCAACGCCAUCCGAGCCAUCGGCUUGCGAAGUCUCAGCGCCAGUGGGUGAAGAUGUGGUGAUACUCAGUGCUGAGGAGAACUCCACGAGAUAUUCAAUUAUUGCAUUCUACAGUCUUAUUUUUGGCGCCGAACUUACCUAUAAGUUAAUUACGAGGUACGUCAAGCCGAAUAUCGUUUUGCAGGUACAAAAGAACUCGUACCACUGUAUUCGGUGGAUUACUGCGCAGAAGCUGAAAAACACCGGGGAACUUGAUUUCUCACCGUGA